CGGGGAAAGAGCCAAUCGAGAGCGUGGAAACCGGACACCCUAUCCGCCAGGCGGCGCCCGGCGGCGGGGAGGCAAAAGAAGGUCCUAACGGCUGUAAUCAACACCAACAACAUCAAAUCAACACCCACCAACGAACAUCAUCCCAUCGGAUCCCAUCUCACCGGCGGAUCCUGCCUCCUCUCUCUGCUCUCUCCCGCCCAUUAUAACAAAACCUUUCGCACCCCAUCCAGUGGCUGGGCGUUGUCCAAUUCCUCCUGCUAGCGCAAGCACUUCGUCGACUUCGCCGCUUGUCGCCGCCGUCGUCGGCCUCCCAACUACCUUCCCUACCUACCUCCCUACCUUCUCUCUCUUCUCUCAGCCAGUCAUGGCCUCCACCAUCGCCGCCGCCGCGACUACGGGCGCCAUAGCCGCCGCCUCGCUCGGCGCCAUAGCCAAGGUCAGCGCCAGCCCCAGGUCGAGCGUGAGCUUGAAGAUGACUCCCAAGAUCGGCCGACUCAACGCCGCCAGGGUCUUCGGCGUGCAGCCGUCGCUUGGCAGGUGCCAGGCGUACAAGGUGACUUUCAUCACGGGCAAGGACGAGGUCGUCGUCGACUGCCCGGAGGACGUGUACGUGCUGGACGCCGCCGAGGAGGCGGGACUCGAUCUGCCCUACUCCUGCCGGGCCGGCGCUUGCUCCACGUGCGCUGGCAAACUGGAGAAGGGAACCAUCGACCAGUCGGACCAAUCCUUCUUGGACGACGACCAGGUGGAAGCCGGCUUCGUGCUGACCUGCGUCACGUACCCCACCUCCGAUUGCACCAUCGUCACGAACCAGGAGGACAAAAUCUACUAGACGGCGACAAGAACAGCGUGACUGUGGUGGCGAUGACUGACGAGGGGGCGAGGUAGGAACGAGGAGGAGUAAGAGGAUGCGGCACAAGAGAAGAGAAGAGAAGAGGAGAGAGGAGAAGAGAAGCGUCUCCCUCUGUUGGGAGUCGGACGCUCUAAGGGCGCCUAUGAUGGGGGGUUUUCGUUGCUUUCCCUGCGAGUUUGUUUGUUGAUUGAUUGAUUGAAUGAUUGAUUGAUUGAUUGGUUGGUCAUUUGUUCGAGGAUUGCUUUGGUUUAUAAAAUGUCUCGUUGCUCAACAGACAGACUACUAGACUGUACAAUGUGGGCAUUUUAUAAAACCCACUUUCAUUUGAGGAUUGCUUUGCUUUAUAAAAUGUCUCGUUGUUCAUCCUGCCGAUGCCACAACGUUGUUGUUCUCAACUCAACACUUGAGGUUUCGUCGCCAAGCAUCCUCUCUCCCCUCUUUCAAGACACUCCCGUCACUACUCGUCCUUUCCCCGCCCUUCCCUCGCGCCCCCGCCCCCUCCCCUUCUCCCCCCCUCCCCCCCCCUCCUUCCUUUCUUCUAUAGCAUCGUCAGUUUGUGGAGGGAGUCCACUGCUCCUGCCGCACACUUGUCGCUGAACGUCUGCCAGAGUUGUAUGUCCUUGACUCUUGUCGCACGUGUGGCACACGCAUGCUGCCCGGAGUUGUUGCUAUGAUGGGUGGGUAGUUGGGUGUGGUGUUGAGCUGGCCUGCUGGCGGGUCAUGAAGAGAUGACACUUAGUCAUUUUCCUAGUCGGCCUUUUGUUAAUAUUCAACCUCAUACUCUUGCGCACGUCCAGGAUAGCGAUGGGAUGAAUGUAUACUUACGUGUGGGAAAAGGGAGAGGGUGGGUGAGGAGGGGUAGCGAGUAAUCUUGUAAUCUUAGCCACAGUCUUAUCAACCACUUUCUGUCAGAAGCGAAGGGAUAAUGAUCGGAUGGAUGCGGUGAACGAGAGAGAGAGGGAGGGAGGGAGGAGGUAGAGGAGGCGGCGUGGACCGAUUAACGUAUAGAUAAAUUACGUACGUUAUUUAGAGGGUCGAUUGGAAAAUUAGGAUUAGCAUUAAGAGAAGUGACGGCAGCAGCAGCAGUAGCGCACGGGGUUGUGGCAAAAUGUGGGGAAGAGAGAGUAAGACAGAAAGGGGGGGGGGGGGGGGUUGAAACUGCGCCCUCCUGCAUUGUUCCAUAGCGGAGGAGUGGAAUCAGCAGCGGCUGAUGGAUGGGAAAACGGCCGGAGGGCGGGAAGAGGAUUAUUUUUCUGAACAGAAGAAGAGGAACACUUGCCACAACUUGAGAUUACGUCUCCCUCUCAGAGAAGGGGGACGGGACGGGGGGUCGUGCCAACGACAGCUGGCGGCAAUCACAUACUUGUACUACGUAGUUCAUGUCGCGCGCAAUUUGCCGUGUUUUGCAAAGUGUUGGAGAACCCAACUUUUCUUUGUCGUUUUGCGUCUUUGUCGUUUUGCGUCUUUGUUGAAUUUUCUGGAUGAUGCUCGUGCAUUCCUCCUCUUGGAAAAUUCUUCCCUCCUUUGCCUCCCCCCUCCUGUGUGACCUUCUCUCUCCCUCUCCCUCUCCCUCUCCUCCUCCGCACCCAAAUGCGUGGCCGCGUUGUAAGCACAGCAUAGCUGACGAACUCU